AUGGUGGUCCAUUCGGUGCCCAAGCAAGCCUGCCUAACGACGGUGGCGGCGGCCCCCUUCACCACGACGAGGCAGCUCAGGCCGAUGAUCACCAGCCUCCCCAGCAGCGCCGGAGGUGGCCUCGGCCAUUCCAUGGAUUCCUUCAGCUUCCGCGCCGCUACGCAGAAGGACAAUAAAGUGGUAAUCGUGAUCGGUGCAACGGGCACCGGCAAGUCUCGUCUCUCUCUCGAUCUCGCCGCUAAUUUUCCGGCCGAAAUCAUCAACUCCGACAAAAUGCAAGUCUACAAAGGCCUCGACGUAGUCACCAACAAGGUCACCGACGAGGAGAGGGCCGGAAUUCCCCACCACCUCCUGGGAGUCGUUGAUCCCGACGAGGACUUCACCGCCGCCGACUUCCGGCGGCGAACGGCCACCAUCGUGGAGUCGAUCCUCGGGCGGCGCCGCCUCCCCAUCAUCGCAGGCGGGUCCAACUCCUACAUCGAGGCCCUGGUCAACGGGUGCAACUACGAGUGCUGCUUCCUGUGGGUCGAUGUGGCGCUGCCGGUUCUCCACUCGUUCGUCUCAGAGCGGGUGGAGAAAAUGGUGGCCGUGGGUCUGGUGGAGGAGGUCCGCGGGAUGUUCCGACAGGACGGGGACUACUCCCAUGGGAUCAGGAGAGCCAUCGGGGUGCCCGAAAUGGACAGAUACUUCCGAGAGGAAAUGUCGGCCGACGGCGCGGCCAGAGAGAGGCUACUUAAAGAGGCAAUUGAGGAGAUAAAGGAGAACACGCGCAAGUUAGCCUGCUGCCAGCUCCAGAAAAUACGGAGGCUAGCUCGCUCCGGGUGGGAGGUUCACCGGCUAGACGCCACCGAGGUGUUCCGCCGCCGCGGGGCCGCCGCCGACGACGCCUGGGACAGGCUGGUGGCGGCGCCGGGAGUGGAGAUCGUGAGGCGCUUUCUGUGCGAAAGCGAGGAAGCAGUUCUUAGGGGACAGAGCACCGCCGUGGGGAACUGCUCCGUGAAGGCGACGAUGGGCGCCGCCAUGGCCGCCGCCGUGGCGGUGGCGGGGAGCUCACGCUGA